CGGCGGCGCAGGCGUAGCGCGUCACCGACGGCCUGGAAGCAGGCGGCGUUGAGGCGGACGCGUUUGGAGGGUCGUCGGGCCGUGGAGUCGGGACCUGUUUCUGGGGCAUGAGCCGAGGGGACGACGCCGAGGCCACGAGUUUUUCAUAGAGAUUGAUGGAAGCAGAAACCAAAACUCUUCCUCUGGAGAACGCAUCCAUCCUUUCAGAGGGUUCCCUGCAGGAAGGGCACCGGUUAUGGAUUGGCAACCUGGACCCCAAGAUCACAGAGUAUCACCUCCUCAAGCUCCUCCAGAAGUUCGGCACGGUAAAGCAGUUCGACUUCCUCUUCCACAAGUCAGGUGCUUUGGAGGGGCAGCCUCGAGGGUACUGUUUCGUGAACUUCGAAACUAAGCAGGCUCCCGGUCUGAGGCGGCUGACCUACUUUUCUGACCAGAUGCUUUGGGGUGCCCACAUGAAGCACACGGACAUCCUCCUCCCUGGUCUGGAAGCUGAACAAGCCAUCCAGUGUCUCAAUGGCAAGCUGGCUCUGUCUAAGAAGCUGGUGGUGCGCUGGGCACACGCUCAAGUAAAGAGAUACGAUCAUAACAAGAAUGAUAAGAUCCUUCCUAUCAGUCUUGAGCCAUCCUCAAGCACUGAGCCCACUCAGUCUAACCUAAGAAUUCAUGCCCUCAAAAAAGACUGGAUGGACCUGCCACGUAGCAGCCAGGGUGCUGGGCCCUGGAGUACAAAGUGUCACUGCGAAGAUAAAAGCCAUUGAAGCCAAGCUGAAAAUGAUGGCAGAAAAUCCUGACGCAGAGUAUCCAGCAGCGCCUGUUUAUUCCUACUUUAAGCCUCCAGAUAAAAAAAGGACUACUCCUUAUUCUAGAACAGCUUGGAAAUCUCGAAGAUGAUGGUUAUGAAUUAUUGUAGCAGCAAAAGCAAAUUGGUCUCCACACUUGAAAUCUUCUGCCUUUGUACUUUGUCGAUGUGAAUGGUACUGCCCAACAGAGCACAGUCUCAUGUUAAUGUUUGGUAACUUAACAUUUUUGGAUGUUCUCAUGGAUGUUUCUUCCCUGAAGUGUGUGUGGAAUUGAGCAUCAUCCAGAAUAAAUAGGAUUGUAUCCAAACUUGUGAUUUGAACACUGGGAUGCUCCAGUUGGCUGGUUUGUUUGGAUUUGUAACUCCAGAAACGUUAUAUAGGAUGCCAGAGAGAAAGGCAAACAUAGAAAAUGUCAUUAUUUAAAUCAAGAAACUAAAUUUAUUAACGUCUGUCUUUCAAAAAAAAAAAAAACGAGAGCAUUUUUCUGUGCUCACAUGUCUUUACAACAUAAAGGAAAGUAAGAGGGAGGGAAGUGCAAGAUUUUGAAUCAUGUUGAGAACUAUUGUUCCGGAAUUUAUUAUAGAAAUCCCUCCAGCUGUACUAAAAAAAAAGUUCUUGGCAAAAGGGAGCUGAUUCUUUGAGCAAAUGUUGUGGUCAUCUGUUUAAGAAUUAUGGUUACUGUUUCAAAAUCCCAGUUAGGAAAACAUGGUGUAUAUCUUAAAAUUGUUUGCAGCAACAAAACUGUAGAUUCAAAUUUAGCAUUUUAUACCGCAACGGAAGUUCUCUUUGGAAAUCCAGCUUUUAUUCUAUAGUGAUAAUUUUUUAAAAAUCUAAAUAAUCCUGCCUUCUAUAAUACCAAAUGUUGUUAUUGACGUGGGACUUUUAAAAUUGCGCCUAUUGCAUGAGAUUGUUUUUUAUAGCAUGAGAAUGUUCUAUUUGGAAUUGUAUCAUGGUCAAUCUAAAUAGAAAAACAACAUUUCUUAGAAAACCUAAUCGUUGCUGUAUUGAGCUCUGUCAAGCAUACUAUUUAUUAAUAAUUACGUAGGGGGCUGUGUCGAAGAAAUUGAACUGUCUUGUGCAGGGUGAGGAGGGGACAUGCAGUGGACACAAAGUCAACGGAGCAGGCCCUACUCUGGCACUGAGAUUGUAAAAUGACCUCACGGCUUAUGUAGUUCUUAAAGGCUUGAAAGACUGCAUGACUUUAAAAUGAUUCUUCCUUCAUAGAACAUACUUCUGCCCAGAUAUGUUUUGCCACUUGGAAUAUCUUAAAUAUAAGAACAGAGAAAGAAAAAUAAAUCCGCAGAUGUGGGAGUGUGUUUCUGUCAGCAGUUCUGGUCCUUUUGGUGCCAGGUUGACAGCUGUUUCAUUGGGCAGCACCUUUGCUGCUUUACCAGGUCAAUCAUUUUGAGACCUAGGCGCCAUUCCUAGUGAUCACGGACAUCUUACCGUGAUCGUUCCCAGCAAGAGGAAGCUUUCACUUUAGAUUCAAGCCUUCGUAUGAGCACAAGUGAGUGUAAGACACUUGAACCAAAUCUUGAGCAUAGUGAGGUUUCAGAGUUCACAGAACCAGUUCAGAGAAAUUCUCAUCCCCUUUCUCUAGCUUAAUCUUUUUAGAUAUCUUUAGAUAUUAAACACUUUCUGCAUUUGUUAGCUCUGUCUAUGAUGCGAGUAACUCUCCUUCCAUUUGAGGAAUAGUUCAGGGAGGUGGGAGCGUGGUCUCCCAUUUUUCUGGUGACUUCUUAAGAGUACAGAAUUUACCAUUUUUUCCUUCCGUCCUCAAAGGGUUAUGGUGGAGUAGGACUUACUUAACGCAAAAUAGUCUUCUAUUUUUAAUAGGAACCUAGAAAAUACUUAACUUUGAAUUAUCUAGAGUUGUUUCCUUUAGAAACCAGAGCUAUUUAUUUGUAUUUAAAGCAACGUUUAUUAUUUGUAUGGAUUCUUAAUUCCUCUGUGUGAAUAAAUGCAAGACAGUGUC